AUGAAAAAAAAUAAUUUCUCGCUUAUAAAAAUUGCUGAAAAUGUGUAUUAUUUUGCAGAUAACAGCUUAUGUUGCGAUUCUGGCACAUUAUCAAAAGUCUGUGAUGGAUCUACAGCGGAAGCAGCAAUCAGACAUUUAUCUGACACGGAUCGAAUCUUGCUGAAAAAUUUGGACAUCAGUCAAUGCAGACCUAGACAUUCUGGUCGAUUUUUGACAAUGCACAAGAGACGACGUAAGAGGCUUAUUACUAGAUCUUUGAAUCAAGAGCCAGGCAUGAUAGACGAUAUUUUUAACGGGCUAGUACAGUGCGUUUUACAAAAGGUUGACAAUUGGCGAUUUAACGCUUUCACGCUAGAAACAGUCACAGGUGGUCGGUCGCUGCCAGUAUUAUGUGUCCAUCUCUUUCAUUGGUACGCUUUACAGUACUUCAACUUAGAUGUUGUAACAGUAUGGAAAUUAUUUGCUUUUAUCGAGGAGGGUUAUCACAGUACAAAUCCUUACCACAACAGUAUACAUGCCACAGACGUCACUCAAGCAAUGCAUUGUUUUCUUCAAGAAGAAAAGAUUAAACCACAUCUAACCAAUUUAGAAAUUAUGGCUUCCUUGAUAGCGGCUGUAACACAUGAUUUAGAUCAUCCUGGUGUCAAUCAGCCAUUGGUUGCGACGAGUAAUCAUUUGGCUGCACUCUAUCAGAAUACCUCUGUCCUGGAAAAUCAUCACUGGAGAUCAGCCAUAGGAUGUCUUCUAGACAGUGGAGUUUCAGCAGAAUUACCGACCGCUGUAAGACCAGAACUUCAACAGCACAUUAGUUCAUUGAUUUUAGCAACAGACAUUACAAGACAACAAGAAUUUCUUACACGUUUCAGGGAUUAUUUAAGCAACAAUUCACUUGAGAUGAAACAUGCGGAAGAUCGUCAUUUUAUUUUACAAAUUGCUUUAAAGUGCGCCGAUAUUUCUAAUCCUUGUAGACCUUGGGAUAUAUCAAAAAAAUGGUCUUACAAAGUUUGCGAGGAGUUCUUCAGGCAGGGCGAUUACGAGCGUCGUCUAAAUCUUCCAGUAACACCGUUGUGCGAUCGAAACAUCACUAGUAUCCCGAAGAUCCAGGCUGGUUUCUUCAAGCACGUCGUAACUCCUCUUUAUAUAGAAUGGCACCGUUUCCUUGGCGAUGGCCUAAGUCUAUCAUUAAUGGAAUAUUUGAAAGCAAAUCAGAAAAAGUGGGAAUCAUUGAUCAACCAAGAGACGACUGAACAAACAGAAACCGAUGUUUCCGAACUAGAUGAAGCUGAAGGCGCUAUUAGUUCAGGCGAGGAAGCAGCUGCCGAUGAUGAUUCAGGCAGCAUUGAUUUAUUAAUACCAGCCGCUUACACACAAAAAGCGCGAAUGCCUACGUUUCCAGGACGAGUGGAACUUGAUCGCGUUGGUAGGCGUCAUUCUGUACCUCUAAACAUAUCGAGACCGUUGAGUGUUUUACGUCAGCCCCCUAGGAGAGAAAGCCUGCCGAGUGAGCAAAUCAAAGCAAAGAGUUUCUUGCAAGAACUAGAAAAUCAAAGUCUGCUGGAUCCAAGCUCGCUGUCCUUGUUGUCCUCCAAAAGUAGCGUAGUUGACUCAUCAAAUGUAAGCACUACCGAAAGACUAGUUAGCGUGGAGCAUCUCUUACCAGAAACGAGUAUAGCCAGUAUUACCAACAGUACCGAGGUAUCAAAAUUAUGCACAGUUUUGCAAUCGGAUGAUCAAUCCGGUACACAAAUCAAGCAACUCACACGACAACAGACCUUCCCUCCACUACAAGCACAUUUAAGAACGAGGUACAUGUCCACAACUGCAGAGAUGUCACAAUGUUACACUCAAAUCUUAAUAGAAGCCGACAAUUCUUCCAGUUGUUCAACUUCCAUGAAGGAUAAAUCAUGUUCAAGCGGUCAUUGUUGUUCACCAACAUCUUUACAUGAUCUUGAUACAUGCCAAAAGAAAUCUGAUACUCUGAAAGUCUUCUCUCCAAAAUUAUUAAUGAUGGAUAUCAAAAGACGAGGUUCAACUUUGUCAAAUACGAUUAAACAGAAGCAUGCUUUUAACUCGGAGCGUCGUCAUUCUAUACAAACUGUUCGCACUGAUGACUCUUCUUCUAAACAUCGGCGCAAAAGAUCUUCUUCUGCUCAAGACUCCAAUUCUAUGCAAGUGUUUUAUGUUACGUUAACGGGAUCUCACGGUGAAAAGAACAAUGUGUCUGAUAUGUCUGCUAUGGAACCUAAACUGAAUUCAGAUUGUAAUGUUAAACUUAACCGUUAUAAUACAAAAUUGAUGGUUCAAGAACUACGGACUAUGCCAUCCAAAAAAUUAGAUCAAUGUACUUCAUUGACUAAGAGCGCGUGUUUUGAACAGGAACCGCGAAGAUAUUCAACUCCUAUCACAGAAUAUAAAACAAUGGUUGAUCACACAGGUAGACGAUACACAACGAUACCAAUAUCUUCUGAGUUUAGUACUCACAAAGUGUUCUUUAUCGGUAGUCCUCCCGAUUCACCGCCUCAUAAUCAUAGUGUGUCCUCGUCAAGUAAUAGCAGUGGUGAAUCAAAAAGAAAUAUUGAUGAUUCGAAUAACGAAGCUAUUAUUACUGGUAGUAAAAGAGAAUUGGAUUGCACAAAAGAAAAGAAUUCGAAGAUCGUAAAAUUGAGUUCCGACGCACUGAUGAAGGAAAAUGUUGAUCCCCGUACAAAUGAUGACUUCGUUAAAACAUUAGCGUUGUCUCGUAGGGAAAGUCAGGGAUGGGCAAGAAGACGCGGAUCAGCUCCAGUUGGUCUUCUAUCAAAACUCGACGAUUUUACGCCAAUUUCCGCACCUACUAGAAUUGAUCAGAGUUGUAGACGUGGAUCUGUACCAACAGACAUCACUAAACAUACACAUCAAGUAGUCGGAGGAGGUUGUAAUCGGCUCGCUUUAGGACCUCGAGAAAACAAUUUUUUGGCCCUAAGAAGAGCUAGUCUUCCGCAAGAUAUUGCACUGGGAAAUCUUUUUGGAAAUGUCUUGACUUUAACUAGCGAUCGUGAAAACUUCUUAAUCAACAAUAAUAAUGACAACAAUAACACUAGUAACAGCAACAACAAUGGCAUUAGUAAACUAUUUGACAGUAACAUUUCUGGAAUAUUUUCCCCGAGACGAGGAUCAGUUCCAGCAGACAUAUCCGAAUUACGCCACGAUAUGUUCAGUAGAAAUAGCAUGAAUAAUAAAUCGCGAAAUCGUAAGAAGAUUUUAAAAAGACGAAGUAGUGGGGGCCCGGAAAUGUUCACCGGGGAGUCCAUCGAUGGAAACGACAAUGACACAUGGCUCAAAUGGAAAAAGGAAAUAGGAAAGUGUGAUCCUGUUCCUGAAGGACUUGUUAAACGAAGAGGAUCUCUACCUAUAGAGAUGGUAGCUGUUUCACAUACUGGAUCAACAUCGAUACCAUAUAGAUCUAGCCUGUGGCGGCUUUAACAUACUGUAGAAACACGAGGACCGUCCAUGAUACUAGUUGAACUUUGACGACAGAUUUUCUUUAAAUUAUUACGAGUAACUAUCAGCAACAAUUUGAUGACUAAAUUUCAAAAUUGUCGAUAUUGAAAAUUUUCUUAUCAAUUGUGAACAUAAGCGAAUAAAUAUUGUAAUUAUA